GUCACUCACUCGCUCGCUCGCUCGUUCGUCCCUUCCGAUAGAGAUUAGAGUAGUGCUACUGCCCAAAAGGCUUGGCAGAGAUGCUGAGACGAAAACCAACCAAGAUCGAAGUCAAAACCGAAGACAAAGACGAACUCGAAGCCUCUCGCAAACGCGCCGCCGAAUCCUCCGCCGGAAACAUCACAACGACAACCACUGCCACCUCUUCCCUCCUUCAACAACUCGACCGAGCCAAGGACCCCUCUUCCAAAUCCAACCGUAUCGGCCUUUCUUCCUAGCUCUACACCCUUAAACUCUAAAACCCCCAUGGAGGUCGAGGUCAAGCUUCGACUCCCAGACGCCACCGCCCACCGCCGUGUCAGCGAGCUCCUUACUCCGUUUCUCGUCACCACUCACCGCCAGGAGAAUUGCUUCUUCGAUGGGGCAGCCGCCGAGCUCUCUUCUUGCCGAGCUGUUCUCCGGAUUCGUUUCUCUGAUAAGGAUCCUCGAUGCAUGGUCUCGCUCAAGGCCAAAGCGGUUCUAAAGGAUGGGAUCAGUCGUGUUGAGGAGGACGAGGAGGAAUUGGAUGAGCCCCUGGGUCGGGCCUGCGUCGCCGAGGUGGGGAAGCUGGGGUGCGUCGAGUCCAGGGUUUUGAAGAGGGUGAGGGAGGAGUUUGGGGUUUUGGAGUUUGUGGGGUUGGGGGGUUUUGAAAAUGUGAGGGUUGUGUAUGAGUGGAAAGGGUUGAAGUUGGAGGUGGAUGAGACUAAGUAUGGGUUUGGGACUUGUUAUGAGAUUGAAUGUGAGAGUGCUGAUCCUGAAGCGGUCAAGAAGGUGCUUGAGGAGUUCUUGAAAGAGAAUGGGAUUGAGUAUUCCAACUCAGAGGCUUCCAAGUUUGCAAUUUUCCGAUCGGGGAAGCUACCCAGCCUACCAUGAUAGUUGAGAUUGAAUGUGAUUGGGACCGUUGGGGUCGAAAGAAGAAAUGCUGCUGAUAGAGUUGGAGAGUGCUGGAGGAUCAUUAUUUUAUUUCUCCUUUUCCAACUCCAGUGUCUUCUUCUUAAUAUCUCUUAAAAAGUACCAGUCAUUCUAAUACUCUAUGAAAGUCAAUACCAGAUUUUUAUCUACUUCAGAGUUUGGAUCAUUUGUGGAACUUGCACAGAUCUGCUAAAUAAAUGGCAAAUUUACAUUA